GUGUGUUUGUAUGUUCAUGUGUGUGUGGGUAAAGGAGAGUGAGUACUGCUGCAGUGGGAACAGUGAGAGGAGGACUGCAGUUUCUUGGGCUUAUGGGCGAGCGAAUCGAGGGACGUUAUUAAGGCACUGUUACCUUAACCCUUAAGUGCCUCUCUGGUGAAUGGGUUGGCCCGUCCAUUGUGGAUAAUAGGAUCAAGGAGAUUGCUCUGCCCCUCUUCGAAGCCCCUUCAUCACUAAGCUAAGGACCCUGGGACUAAACAUCUCCCUUUGCAACUGGAUCCUGGUCUUCCUGACGGUACACCCCCAGGUGGACUGUGUGUGUGGCCUAGCCGUCUAGGAUGAAGUGGAACCUGUUCAAGAAGAAGCCUGAAGCCAUGGUCGGACCGGAGCCCACUGGGGCCGCAGUCUUAACUGUUGCCCCUGGCCCCGUGGCCUCCACCGCAGCUGACAACUCCACAGAGGCCGUCAAAAACGGCGAUUUUGACGACAUCAAGAAUAAGUUCCUCAAUGAGAUUGACAAGAUCCCAUUGCCAUCAUGGGCCAUCAUCGCCAUUGCAGUUGUAGCUGCUACCCUGAUUCUCACCUGCUGCUUCUGCAUCGUUAAGAAGUGCUGUUGCAAGAAAAAGAAGAACAAGAAGGGCAAGAAAGGGAAGGGGGAAAUGGGCAUGACGAACAUGAAAGGAGGAGAGAAACAGGACGAUGAUGAUUAUGAUGAAGAUGAUGCUGAGACUGGUAUGACUGGAGAUGAGAAAGAGGAAGAGGUGAAGGAGAAAGAAAAGCUUGGGAAGCUUCAGUAUUCCAUAGAUUACGACUUCCAGGACAACAAGCUCACAGUAGGCCUCCUCCAAGCAGCUGAUCUCCUCUCCAUGGACAGUGGCGGCACCUCUGACCCCUAUGUCAAGGUCUAUGUCCUCCCAGACAAGAAGAAGCAUUUUACCACCAAGGUGCACAAGAAGACGCUGAACCCUACCUUCAAUGAGACCUUUGUUUUCAAGAUUCCAUUCCAAGAGAUGGGUGGCAAGACUUUGGUCAUGCAGGUCUUUGACUUUGACCGCUUCUCGAAGCAUGACGUCAUUGGAGAGGUGAAACUACCCUUGCACAAACUGGACCUGGCCCAGCCACUGGAGGAGUGGAGGGACCUGGACAGUGCAGAGAAAGAAGAGCAAGAGAAGCUGGGAGAUAUCUGCAUCUCUCUGCGCUAUGUGCCCACUGCUGGGAAACUUACCAUCUGUAUCCUGGAGGCCAAGAACCUCAAGAAGAUGGACGUGGGAGGACUGUCAGAUCCCUAUGUGAAGAUCAACUUGAUGCAGAACGGCAAGCGUCUGAAGAAGAAGAAGACCACGGUGAAGAAGAACACUCUGAAUCCAUACUACAACGAGUCCUUCAGCUUUGAGAUUCCUAUUGAGCAGAUGCAGAAAAUCCAAGCUGUGGUCACAGUGCUGGAUUAUGACAAGAUCGGUAAAAACGACGCAAUCGGGAAGAUCUGGGUGGGCAGCAAGGCGACUGGCACCCAGCUGAAGCACUGGUCCGACAUGCUGGCUAACCCUCGCCGCCCCAUCGCCCAGUGGCAUCCACUGCAGCCCGAGGAGGAGAUUGAUGCUUCGCUGGCAGCCCUGAACGCCAAGAAGUAAACCUCCUCUACCCACUAACACCCAUACCCAAACCUACCCAUCCUCCUCACUCCUGGUCCUACACAUCUCCCAAUAAUACAUUCCAAACCAACACACCAACCAAUUCUACACCCUAUACCACAAAAGAUACCUACCUAUAUCCCAAUAGACAUGAUCAAAAAAAAAAAAAAAAAAAAACAUUCAUUCCACAAGGAGACAGUCACAAUAUCACUCAAUUGAUGUUUGUAUUGGGGUUGCAGUUAGUUACAUUGUGUCAUGAGGAUAGGAGCCUAGAGUGUGAAAACAGCGGUCCAAUGUGAUGGAGGAUUAGGGAAGUAAAACCACACAUUCACUCAUUUUGUACCUUUUCAUCUCCUCCCCUUAGAAACACCGUUGCUUCAAUUCUGCUUAAUACUUAAAAUGCUUUAUACUGCCAUGUAAUAGAGGAAAAACACAAGCAGGUUCAUUCCUUGGGUGUAUUGUUGCACCAUGCUCCACACCUGCCAGUUACUUACUUACUACAUACUAGAUACGAUUAGUUUGAACUACAUUCCUAGAGUUGGGUAAAGAGUAGAGAUAGACAAUAUCCAGUUACCCCACACUGUUAACACACUGCCUUUUUGAUCAUUAGCUCAUUUGCUCACCCAUAUUCUCAGGUACACUGAGAGAACUGAAACUUCAUGCCUUUUUUUCUAAACGGGUUGUUAUUCAAAAUGCUCCGCAACAUGAUCAGAGAAUAAUGUUUUUGAUGAUUUUAACAUCUCAGUCUGGUGCUGGAUUGGUUUAUUUUUCCAUAAUCUAAGACUAGCCUAAAUUUAUCACUGAAAUGGCAACAGGAGAGUCUCUCGAGUGUCUCUCAAUAACACCGUUUGUGGCUGUCAGUCAACAGAGUAGAGAUGUGAAAUAUGUUUAGGAUAAAGGGACUAUGAGCCACUGUAAGUGUCUACCAUGGCCUAUGUUGGGAAAGCAUGCAAGAGAAAGAAUAUCUGUGUGGAAACUCCAAGGACUGAAUGGAAGGGCCCAUUCAGUCCUUGGAGUUUCCACACAGAUAUUUCUCUCUUCCAUGCUUUCCCAACAUGGGCCAUGAUAGACACUUACAUGCAUGCAAGAGAGAGCAUAUCUGUGAGAAUAUCUGUGUGGAGACUCCAAGGACUGAAUUAGACCCUGGUUGACACAAUGUUGUUUGUCAGGUGUCUAUUCUACUAUUCUACUGCCUGCAAUCUACCACCUUCCCCUCCAAUGCCUCUACUAUUUAGGAUCUAUCUCCCUGUUCAGUGCUACUGCCAUUAGUCAUGGACUCACAACAAGGAUUUCACUUAUUCAAAGGAAUCCCUGUAUCCGUCUUACAGUCAUAAAGGAGACAAGCCUUCCGAGUAAUGAAAUAAGCAAUUCUCAACUACCAGGGACGCCUUCCAAUUAGCUGUGUUGUUUUUUACUCACUCUUUUCUUUUCAACGUCAAACACUUUUAUUCCUCAAGCACUUUAAAUCAAAAUGUUCUGUUCUAAUUCUACUCUCCAAAAACCAGAGAUUUAACAAUUUAUUUUAUGAUUAAUCAUUUCUGGUAAAAAAAAACGAGAGUGAAUCAUUAUUUUUGUAGUUUUUCUUUGAUCAUUUUAACCUUGUUUUUCUUGUGAAUGCACUUUGAUUGCUCUGAGACAAUUGUUGUUGUUAAGUUUGAUUGAAAGGAUAAGAUCUGGAAGGUUGCCGUUAUGUGUAUGUUAUACACAGAUGGCCAAACUGCUGAAUCUAAUUGCACUAUACUGGGUAUCUCUAUGUUAUGUGGUUGUACAUUGUUCUUUGAUCUAUGGAGUUUUUGUGAUGAGAUGUCGUGAGUUUGAGUCAGGUCACAUAUUCAAAAGUCUUCUGAUUGGGAAUAAGACACAUUUCAAUUAAAUGCUGUUCCUCAGUUCCUUCGCUGAAUAAGUGAUUUUACAUUUUGAAUUUCUCUUGAGAUAAAUUUGAGUAUAAAACUGAUCAUCUGACUGAAUUAAAUUGACAUUUAAAAAAUGUAAAAGUCGUAGAAAAAUGCCAUUAGACUGUCGAGCCACACUAGUAAUGUAAUGGGACAUGAACUGUCUCUGUGCACCAUCUCGUUCCAAACAACAAAAUAGUUCAAAGCAAUGUAUUUCAAGGACGGUAAAAAGUACUUGAUUGUGUUUAAGAACAAGCAAAGCAGUUUAAUGUUUUAAGUUUGACAACUUUUAUACUUUUGGGAAUAACAGUGGUGAAUGUUGGUUAAUGUAUUACUUUUCUCUAUAGGACAACCAUCUCUUUAUGUAUAUGUCCAGUAGGGGUCAGAUUAGUUAUGUUUUAUAUUUCAUUUGAUUUAGUUUCUUUAUGUUCAAAAAGCAACACUAAAGAAAAGACUAAAUGCAAGCAAUCAAACGACCCAUCGGUGAGUAGUUUUGCCUAUAUACAUAGUUCAUACAGGUUGAUACUGCAUGUUUCUACAAAAUACUGUACAAAAUAGCAUGUUUUAGAGAUAAAGCAAAAAUAAUUUGUGUACCUGGGUGUCAUUUGUCAUUUUAAUACUGUAACACAAUGCAGGAAAAAAGAUACACUGUAUAUUUUCUAAAUGAAACAAAUACGGUAUGUAUGUAUUUUCCAUGAAUGGAUUAUUGGAGACAAUGUCAUAAUAUAUUAGAAUAAUAUGAUUCUGUCCAUGCCUAAACUUUUAAGCAAGUUUGUCGUCAAGUACUGUGUGUGAGUUCAUGUAGGAUAAAAAUGUAGCCGCAUGCUUGCUAUCUAAAUCCUUGUGAUUUCAUUUGGAUGAAUUAUAAUUGAUUUCAAAUGUAUUUAUUUAAGUAUUGUUUCCUUUGAGAUGAUUUAAGUCUGUUGGUCUUCUUGCCAAACAUCAGUGAUUGUAGGGGGUCUCCAAGUUCAAGAAAUACAACUAUUCCAAAGUGGAACUCUUCAAUGAUCAGUGACAUUGCUGAAACAUAUCCACCAUUUGGUUAAAAAGACUGUAAAAAAGAUCAACCCGAUUUCUGGACAAACAUGUAUUACAAGCCUACUAUUUAGGAUGCUAAUGAGCCCACCAGAACUGAAUCCACACAUCUCCACACUAGACAUAAAGCUUGGAGUCCCCUACUGUACAUUAAACCUUUUUGGGGGAGUUUUACUUUGCGUUGGUUUAAUGACCUGACACCCUUUGCAAUUAUAUAUAUUUUACAGUGCUAAUUACACACAUAUAUGUGAAUGUGUAUACAGAUAGUUGAAUUAGAUAAAAACUAAAGCCAUAAUACUCAAGCACUAGCUCUUUAGAGCUCUGCUGUAUAACUAGUUAUUGAUUUGUAAAAAAAACAAAAAAACACUUCUUAAUCUUCCUAGGUCAGUGUUUGUCAUGUACAUUCUGUUCAGAACUCUGUACUCAUCUAGAUUCUAGAAGGCAAAAUAUUGAGCACUGAGAGCAGUUGUGAGUUUAGUAUAGUGGAUGUGAUUUUGUUCUCUACUUUGAAGAUGUUAAAGCUGUCUUUAUUUGAGCUAAUAUAUUCCAGUGAUGUCAUUUGUAUAUGCCUUGUUUUGAUAGUAUGAAUCAUGGUUCUUCUUAUCUCAUAAGAUGUUAUCGAAAAUACCUGAAGAAGUCAUCUGGAACAUUUACAUUAUUGAAAUGUGAGUGUCAGGCUGGUCUGUUGGUGAUCCUUGGGCUGAGUGCAAUUCAUUUAGGACCCUGACUGCGAUGUAUGGAUCCCUCUAUUUUCAUCCACAGAGGCUUUACAGACAUGACAUAACAUUGUGAUCAAAGAUAUGGCAGAAAUAUCUAUCUAUCUUGUAACAGUGCCAAGUCUCAGCAUUAUUGUCUGAUCAACAUAUGUUGCAUUCAUGGUAAACAGUAAAGUUAAGAUAAAUCAUCUACAGUCUAAUCUUAGACACUUUGAUGGAAACCAGCUGUUUCAAGUCAACAAUUCCUCUAAUAGCAAAACUAUUGAAAUAAUAAUCAUAGUGUUGUUUGAUGUUUGCAACUAUUUUAUAAUGGGAUCAUUGAUGUUGCUUCUCAAUGUCACAAUCAAUCCUUUUGAACUGUGACCAAACCAAUGCACAUGGAACUUCAAUCCAGUUGACGAUUUCAGUGUCUUUCCAAAAUACUGCCAGUAUAUCCAUUUAUAUUUACAAUUCCAUGAAAUCGUCAUCAGUAAUCUGUUUGAAUCUCUUUCAGAGCCCAAAUAUUUCCACUGAUGCGGAUGCAGGUUAGAUUAUAAAAUAACUGUGAUUAAAGGUUCAAAUAUAGCACAUUUUUAUUAAAAAGAUUUGAUUGUUUCAAUGCUUUUUACACUGCCACGGUCAUUGGACAGUUCCCUAUAUGGGGAAAACGACUGACAACUGUGUGUUUGUGUGUAUGUAUGUAUGUAUGUAUGUAUGUAUGUAUGUAUGUAUGUAUGUAUGUAUGUAUGUAUGUAUGUAUGUAUGUAUGUAUGUAUGUAUGUAUGUAUGUAUGUAUGUAUGUAUGUAUGUAUGUAUGUAUGUAUGUUUCAAGAACAAAAAGCAUAGGCCCUUUAUAAAGUUAGAGGUUGCAGUGAUAAAACACAGUACUACUGCAACUUACCAGACGUAUAUAUCUGCAUGCCCAGAAUACAUAAACCAUUCUUAAGUGUACAUUUAAGUUGUGAUAAAAAUGAUUAACAAAGAUGUUUUUAUUUACAAUGGUUUAAAAUGUUUAUAUUAUAGGAUUACCUAUUUUUUGAAAGCCUAAAUUGAUAGAUCUACUUUAUGCACAACUGCUUUAGAAACUAACUGCAGGCUAUAUCUCAGCGGUGAAGGAACAAUGGAUUGAGAACACGAUGAUUCACACACUACAUUCUACUGUUCUUUUGUCCUACUAGCUGUUUUAUUUCUAUCAAGCUUUUUAAAUGAAUUUAUUCAAGUACUUUAUGAAAAAGCAUGUGAUUUUCAAAGGGAUACCCUCCAAACUAGAGCAUCAUAUCAAAUCAAAUUGGAUUUGUCACAUGCUUCGUGAACAAAAGGUGUGGACUUACAGGGGAAUGUUUUCUUACAGACCCUUCCCAACAAUGCAGAGAGAAAGUAGAGAAAUAACAAAAAAGUCAUACAACUUCCAUGUCAAUAAUGUGUUCAGUAGUGUCUCAGUUGGCCUAGGUCACUCACCACCUUACAGUGUGUUCUCCCAUCUCUGUUUGUGUUUCCUCUUUCUACUGUAAUAAUCACUAGGUUGGUGUUGUGUUUCUAUUCUAUUCUAUUUAGAAUGCAAAACUGCAUUAGGACCAAUGGAAAAGACAAUGAUUGAACUUUCCCACCAUGAAUUCACUGUUUUUCUGUCUUAGCAUUAAUGUGCUGUUGUUGUGGAAAUGGACUCGCUGGGGGCUCCUUUGGAUCCAGAAUGAUACUGAUUUUCAGAGGAACGUCGUCCUUCGCGUUUACAACAUGGAUAUAUAUACUACCAAAACAUGCAGAAUAGUACCAACCCUCUCUCUUGAACUCUUCCUUCACUUCUAAUUUUCCAUACUACAAUUGCAUUCCAAAAUACUUUCUCUUCAUCCUCUUUUUAAGCCUCAGAGGACCAUGAGAUUACGUGUCCUCUGGCUGUGUUUCUUCGUGUCUUAGUGUUGUGGUGUAUGUGUUCAUGUCAGUACUUGUGCCUACUGUGGAUCGCAUGCUUUAGCCCUUGACUGGACACAAAAAGUUGCUCCUAUACAAACUGCCCACGGCCCGUCAGUGGAUGAGCAUCGAGGAUCCUUGUAAAGUUAUCGAGGGAACCAAAUAACUCAAUACAGAUCUAUCAUAAGUGUUACCAGCUCUGUAAGAAACAAAUAGGAAAUAAAGGCCUUUUAAU